AUGGCUGUCGUUGUUGUUGUUGGUGAUGAUGAAGAUGAUGUCGUUGCGAGUGCUGGGCGAGAGACAGAUCAACGUAAGUCUUCCACCUCCUCUCCCCCAUCUAUCAAGAUACCACAGGAUAUUUUCAUUUUGGUUCCAUUUGAUGGAGAAAUGGUAAGUCGACUCUGUCAGACGCGGCUUAUAUACCGUUAUCUCGCUCUAACUCUGGUUAUAGGUCUUUUCCUCGGGAGUGGAAGAUCUCUAGCUGGCGCUGGCCCUGGAGGUGCUGUGCUUUGCUACCUACUGAUGGCUACCGUUAUAUCAUCUGUCAUCUCAUGUCUAGGCGAGAUGACAGCUCUCAUGCCUGUUAAUGCCCCGGUCAUGGAGUUUCCCCGGCGUUUCGUUGAUCGAGGUGUUGGAUUUGCUGUUGGCUGGGUGUACUGGUUAGACUCCCCUUAUGACUAUUCCUCGAUCAUAACCUCGCUUGAAAACAACUUGCUGAUAUAUAUUGGCCCACAGGUUUGCCUACGCGGUGCUCGCAGCAGAUCAACUUGUUGCAGUGACUAA